UUUCUUGUUUGUCAGGGUAUUUGUCGACGUCUGAAGUUUACUACAACAGUUGAUGGAUAUGCUCUCAAAGGUCAUGUGAUCAAGAAUAUCUCCUUCAAAGCUGCUAUUCAUCUGCACAGUCAUUGUAAAAACCUAUGUAUAAUGGAGGAUACCUGUGUAUCUAUCAAUAUAGGUCUCUUAAAAGGCCGAUUUCUUUGCCAGCUGAGUAACUCUGACCACAUAAAAGAUCCAGGAGAUCUUGAGAAUGAGGAAGGAUUCACGUAUAGAGGCAGAGAGGGGAGCAACCCGCUCAAUAACACAAAGAGCGCGUGCCACACCAGCCCGUGUCUAAAUGGAGGCACAUGCCAACCUGGAAUAACGGUUAUGGACUAUACAUGUGUCUGUCAAUCCGGCUUUAAGGGAAAAGGAUGUGAAAAAGGACUCGGGUGUCGAAGUCUACGGUUUGGACAACCAGACAACGGAUUCGCUCUCCAAGGUCACUUACUUCGUAAUAUAACGCUCAAAAUGGGAAAUGAACUCAGUGGUGAUUGUAGAUACGAGUGCCUGAUGGAAAGUAAUUGUGUGUCUGUGAAUGUCGGGCCACCCGACAAGAAUGGACUCAGGGUCUGUCAAUUGAGUGAUUCUGACCAUAUUCAACAUCCCGAAGAUCUUACGGCACAGGAAGGAUUUCUUUACUGGGCUACCCAGAAUCCGUGUUCCAGCAACCCCUGUGCCCACGGUGCAACAUGUCUCAAUGGAUUCACAGACAAGAAAUACAUUUGCCUGUGUCCACCUAAAGCCAUAGGUGAAAACUGCGAGAAUUCAUUCUCUGCGAUCUUCUCAAAUCUCGGUGCCACCGGAAGAUAUGGCCCAACAACGCUGGGCAGUCACUACACAGGUCAGGAUCAUGACAGACAAGUUACAUUGUCCAGCGGUAUUCAACAGUGGACUGUGCCUCACACUGGUGACUACAGAAUAGAAGCAAUAGGAGCAGCAGGAGGGUACGAUUCACACCCUAAUAGCCCUCAGUAUCGAGGAAGAGGAGCGAGAAUGAUCGGAACGUUCAGUAUGAUUAAAGAUGAGAUCAUUCGUAUCCUUGUGGGACAGGAAGGGGGCUCUGAAGAUCAUGACUGGAGUUCUGGCGGUGGUGGAGGUACAUUCGUUGUCAGACAAAACAACACGCCUUUGAUAAUAGCUGGAGGUGGAGGAGGUCUGCAUUACUUGACAAAACGGCAUCCAGGGUGUGACGCUAGUACAAACACAACGGGGAAUCCUGGAUACAGAUCAACAGGGUCAGGCGGAAUCGGUGGCCUUGGCGGGCAGAGUGGUAAUUCCAGCGACGCAGGCGGCAGCGGUGGAGGCUUUUUUUCCAACGGAACGGAUGAGAACGCAGAUGGUGGCAGAGGAUUUCUUCAGGGAGGAGUGGGGGGCAAAGGCAAUGCGUUAAAAGCCGACGGUGGAUUUGGGGGAGGAGGAGGAGCUUACGGAGGAGGGGGUGGUGGUGGGUAUUCUGGCGGAGGUGGCGGAGAGAUGAACAAAGAUUCAUGUGGAGGAGGGGGUGGCUCUUUCAACUCAGGAAAGGAACAGAAAAAUGAGUGUUGUUACCAAUCUGAUGGACCUGGCGUUAGUAGGGAUCCCCUUCAGCCGCACAUGUCUCAAAAGGCUGUCAACCGCUGGUUCCUAGCUGUGACUCUCCUACGCAACCCAUCUCUUGUCAAGUACCGCCGCCAAGGCCGCCAUUUCACGGCGUCUGUUGUGAUUCUUGGAAGCGUCAACUUUGACGUUCCAGUGUAA